AUGGAAGAAGUGAAGCUGUUUGGAGCUUGGCCUAGUCCAUAUGGUUACAGAGUGAUAUGGGCUCUGGAGCUCAAGGUUCACAAAAAGAUCCCAGUGCUUGUUCAUAAUGGGAAACCUAUUGCUGAGUCCUCUGUGAUCCUUGAGUACAUUGAUGAGACUUGGCCCCAAAAUCCCCUGCUUUCAGAGGACCCUCAUGAGAGAGCCUUAGCGCGGUUUUGGACGAAGUUCAUAGACGAAAAGGGCCUUCCAUUUGCUACAUUCUUCAUGGCUGAUGGAGAAGAACAUGAGAAGUCUGCAAAAGAAGUCAAAGACCUACUCAAUAUCUUAGAAGAGCAAGCUCUCGGAGAGAAGAAGUUCUUUGGUGGAGAUGAAAUUGGAUUGGCUGACUUAGCCUUGGGAUUUAUAGCCUCCUCUUUUGGAGUCAUUGAGCAACUGGUUGGUGUCAAAGUGCUGCAUGCCAAUGACUUCCCUAGAUUAUGUAAUUGGAUUAACAACUUUAAGGAAAACCCAGCAAUCAAACAGAACCUCCUUAAUCAUGAUCAAAUGUUUGUGUACUACAAGCAGAAGAAGGAGAUGCUUAUUGCUUCAAGGACAACAUAA